CGUCUCGCUCUGUCACCCAGGCUGGAGUGUGCAGUGGUGUGAUCUUGGCUCACUGCAACCUCUGCCUCCCGGGUUCAAGCAAUCCUCCCACCUCAGCCUCCCAGAUAGCUAGGAUUACAGGCGCCCACCACCACUCCCGGCUGAUAUUUGUAUUUUUAGUAGAGACAGGGUUUCAUCAUGUUGGCCAGGCUGGUCUUGAAUUCCUGACCUCAGGUGAUCUACCCACCUUGGCCUCCCAAAGUGUUGGGAUUACAGGUGUGAGCCACCGUGCCCUGCUAAGAAUCUAUAUUUCUUUUUUUUUUUUUUUUUGAGAUGGAGUCUCACUCUGUUGCCCAGGCUGGAGUGCAGUGGCGUGAUGCCAGCUCACUGCAACCUCCACCUCCCAGGUUCAAGUGAUUCUCGUGCAUCAGCCUUCUGAGUAGCUGGGAUUACAGAUGUGCACCACCAUGCGCAGCUAAUUUUGUAUUUUUAGUAGAGACGGGGUUUCACCCUGUUAGCCAGGCUGGUCUUGAACUCCCGACCUCAGGUGAUCCACCUGUCUUGGCCUCCCAAAUAAUCUGUAUUUCUAACAAGCUCCAGGUGCUGCUCACGCGUGGGCCAUGCUUUGAGUAGCACUGGACUAAAUGAUUGCUUAUAACCCAAGUGCCAUGGAGAAAAUAAAGUGACAAUGUGGUGGAGUCAGGAGGAUUGAGAUUGAGUGGUUGGGGAAAGCCACUCUGAGCAGUUGACUUUUGAGAAGGGACAAAUCUGGAGGAAGAGCAAAGGCUUAAGACAAAAUGCAGCCUGUGGGGUGUCAGGAGCUGAAAGAAGGCCAGGGGUUAAAGACGGUUGGUGAGAGACAAGGCCUAAGAGGUGAUGGUCCAGAUCUGCAGGGCUGGCCUCGUAGGCCAUGGAGGACCACUAGCUUCAUUCUGAAUGCAAUAUGAAGCUACUGUGGGGUAGUGAGCAGGGUGACAUGGUUAGUGUUGUGUGUGUCACACAUCGGUCCGCUGCUGGGUGGGAAAUGGGUUGUAGUGGAGUGAGAAGAGUAGCAGGGGACGGAGUGGGGCCUGCUGCAGUUGCCCAGGAGAGAGGGGACAUUAUGGGAGUGGAGGAUGGAUUUGGAAUCUUCUGGAGUGGAGCUGACCUGAUUUGCUGCUGGAUCAAAUUAACCAUCCCUUCCUUCCCCGGCCACAGUUGAACUGCGAUGUGUUGUUGAAGCCCUUUGCCGCAGGCAGGUCUCACAGCUUGUUAAAUGUGUCUCCUGCGCUCCUCGCCCCCAUCUGGGCUCUCAGUUUAAUGUCUGUCUGUUACAGGCCUGGCACUGAGUGGCUGUCAGGGCUGUGUGGGUGGAUGAGAAGUUAGACCACCAAUGGCCCUGAUAUCCAGGGUGUUCGUGGGAAACCUUCUCUUUGAGCUCAUGACGAUCCUACCCAGUUGCCCCAGGAGCGAGACCCAGGUUGUCUUCUGAAAAUAACCAGCAGCUCUCUGGUUUCCGGAUGGCUUUCUGUGGUUGACACACCUCAGGUGGUGACAGCCCCAACUCCAAUUGUGAGCUGCAUUCAACAUAAAAGGUCAAUAUGUCACUCUCUGUUUUUCCUGGUUAGGUUUUUAUGAUGCUCAGUUUAGAAAGUGGCAUAAGAUUGAGAUGCAUCAAUUCACGUGAACCAGGAGAGAGAAUAACACGUUACUCAGUACCCUUAACCCCACUUCCGUUUUCUGUUUUAGGAGGAAGCAACAAUAAAACAAUCUGACAUCAGGGAAGAAGGAGGGGCCGGCGUCAGUGACGUCAGCGAGACCGAGGUGAGCGUGGGCGUUGCCAGUGGUGCUCUGUCAGUGCCUAUGGAUUAUGGCAGGGAAAGUAAAAUGGGUCACUGAUAUCGAGAAGUCAGUGCUGAUCAAUAACUUUGAAAAGAGAGGAUGGGUCCAAGUGACAGAAAACGAGGACUGGAAUUUUUACUGGAUGAGUGUGCAAACCAUCCGAAAUGUGUUCAGCGUCGAAGCUGGAUAUCGGCUCUCAGAUGACCAAAUAGUCAACCAUUUUCCAAACCACUAUGAACUGACCCGGAAGGACCUGAUGGUGAAGAACAUCAAAAGAUACAGGAAGGAGCUGGAGAAAGAAGGGAGUCCUCUGGCAGAAAAAGAUGAAAAUGGAAAAUACCUCUAUCUGGACUUUGUUCCGGUCACCUAUAUGCUGCCCGCUGACUACAACCUGUUUGUAGAGGAGUUCCGGAAGAGCCCGUCCAGCACCUGGAUCAUGAAGCCUUGUGGCAAGGCCCAGGGAAAGGGCAUCUUCCUUAUCAACAAGCUCUCACAGAUCAAAAAGUGGUCCCGGGACAGCAAGACAUCUUCGUUUGUGUCUCAAUCUAAUAAAGAAGCCUACGUGAUCUCUCUCUAUAUUAACAACCCGUUACUAAUUGGCGGGAGGAAGUUCGACCUGCGCUUGUACGUUCUGGUGUCCACGUACCGUCCGCUGCGCUGUUACAUGUACAAGCUUGGGUUUUGCCGGUUCUGCACAGUGAAAUACACCCCGAGUACCAGUGAGCUGGACAACAUGUUCGUUCAUCUCACCAACGUCGCCAUCCAGAAACACGGGGAGGACUACAACCACAUCCAUGGGGGCAAGUGGACAGUGAGUAACCUGCGGCUCUACCUGGAGAGCACCCGCGGCAAGGAGGUGACCAGCAAGCUGUUCGACGAGAUCCACUGGAUCAUCGUGCAGUCCCUGAAGGCCGUGGCGCCGGUGAUGAACAAUGACAAGCACUGCUUUGAAUGCUAUGGCUACGACAUCAUCAUCGACGACAAGCUGAAGCCCUGGCUGAUUGAGGUGAAUGCGUCCCCGUCUCUCACGUCCAGCACUGCCAAUGACCGAAUCCUCAAGUACAACCUGAUUAACGACACCCUCAACAUCGCCGUCCCGAACGGUGAAAUCCCAGACUGCAAAUGGAACAAGUCGCCCCCAAAGGAAGUCCUCGGCAAUUACGAGAUUCUGUAUGACGAAGAACUGGCCCAGGGUGACGGGGCUGACCGGGAGCUGAGAAGCCGUCAGGGUCAGUCUCUGGGGCCCAGAGCAGGCCGAUCGAGAGACUCGGGGAGAGCGAUCCUCACCACCUGGAAGUGAGUCCCACCUGGACCUUACCAAAACUACUCACUCCACCUGGGCCCCUGCUGAAGCCCUAUUUUGAAAUUUCCCUUUUGUAGAGUUUUUUUCCUUUCCUAAGCCCUGUAAAUAAAUGAAGGCACUUCUUUGGAA